AUGCAGGACAUACAAACCGAAAAUCGAGAGCUAAAGGAUCGAGCAGUCAGCACUACGCGUCAAGAAUCAUCGUUCUUAUCCACAGCUCUAAGUAGCCACGAAGAGAACCCAUCAACAGCGAAUCCUGACGUUUCGUUGGACUUUUCAUCUGAAUUCGAGCGGGAAUUGAUCGCUGCUCUUCGUCUGGACGAUACCAACUUAUUGUCGCAGGGAUUGGUUGCACCAGGGAUUUUGUCAGGCGAGAACAAUUAUAGGCCGUCCUUGACUGAUUUCUCUCAUUUGAAUCUUUCUAGUGUUAGUGGUACUGGAACUUCGACGAGGUCGUCCUUGGUCUCUACUCAGUCUCUUCGCGACAUCCCACCAGAUGCUGACAAUGUGCCAUCCCUCGCUUCGAAGAGUGAUGAUGGAUUUCCAGAAGAUACAGGAAAUCAGGAUCUGGAUGAAGAUAGACAGUUGGAGGUCAAAAGUACUGCUUCCCCGCAGUCCUCCGGCUCUGAUUUAUCUGAAACAGUGAAGACUUCGCCUGAAGAUAACAAUGAAGACGAUCAAGAACCAUACAGGCGUUCGCGCGAUGCCGAUUUGAGGAUGUCCGAGCAACCGCAAGAUUUUCCGCUUCCUCAGCCAGCAGAAUCUGAUGACUCCCUCGCUACUCCUCAUUUGGAUAUCAGUCACAUUAAAAAUGAUCCUGCUAAGAGCGAAGCCGCUCAGGGACCCGCAGACACUGAAACCGCUCACCAUGAAGGGGACCAUGAAACCCACGACGCAGUCAUGAAGCGAGUGAGAUUUCAAAUAACUAAGAAUCUUGGGGAGUUUGACAAACUUUCAGAACAUAGCGAUUCUGAGGACAGCGUCAACCUUGGGGAUCCUGAGAAGCUUGAGCACCCUGAGAGUCUUAAUGGUCUAUGGGGGUUUGAGUUUUGUAGGGAUAUUGAAAACCAGAAACCCCAUGCGAACAUCCGGGAGAGUGUGCAUUUUCAAGGAAGUGGGGGGCUGAAUGGUGAUGUCAAGAAGCGCGAGGACUCGGAAAAUGCCAAGUGUCUCGAUGACAGUGUCACUCCAGAGGGUGCGUUGCCUGAAAGGGAGGAUAAUCUGGAGAACCAGGAAGUUCUGGGGGAGCACAACGCCCUUGAGAAACAGAUUAGCCUUGAACACUCUAAGGCUGCUUGUCCCGAAGACAAAGAGGAUCUUGAGAGUAACAAUGAUCUUCACAGCAACGUGUCCUCUGAGAAUGAAGAUGACGCUUGCGUGGAUUUCAAAUUUGCCCAAGUCACGGUGAUGAAAUCAAUGGAAGACCGUGUUAAUCUAUUAAUAAACGGGCAACCGGUGGACACUUUUCAUACUAAGAAAGAUAAUCCUGGCCCUUGCCAACUUGUGUCUGAUCGAGGAUAUGGAGAAGAGACUUCCAAAAAAUCUGCUGCUACAGAAGCAAGCAAGAGGCAAUCGAACAUUGCGCAUCAUGCCGACAGCCAACAAAACGCAGCAGAACCUAACACCACCAACGAUAUCGCGGAUGACUCUACAGAAACGUCCAGCUCUGCCACCGCUCAAAGUAUCGAAAACCUCCAAGAAGGAGGGGGUGACUUCACGGACCAAAGCACUCCUAUUCAGGCGGAGAAGCCUGAGUCGACACUUCCGCUGGACUUGAAUUCCCAUGAUGUCUCAAGUAGUUCUAUGGAUGUAUCUCCCGUUUGCAGUCAAGAUACAACACGAUCAAACGUUGGACAAGAUGCCGCUCACCAUCCCAAUGACAGCUUGUCCCUUAAGUCGGAAGAAAACACUGACGAAUCUAGCGAUGCUUUUAAGCGCCCAUCUGCCACGGUACCUGAUUACGCCAAGAGACACAGACCUACAGAAUCCAUUACAACAGUCAAGCCACCAAGGAGCCGCUUUUAUCGCUCCCUGGUGCAGUCGAAACAUGAGCAAGAUAUACGACAGAGGAGCUCCUUUAGUUCAACUGUUCGAUCUCGGGUGUCAUCGGUUUCAGUUGUCCCCCAGAAUGAACACCUGCAACGAGGGCAAGCAGUCGCAGAACGCAUGUCCUCUGAUUUGGACAAGCUCGGGACCCAGAUUAUUCCUAGAGACGGUAAGCAACGUCAACAGAACCGUUCUAGCGACUCUCCAGCGUUAGAAGGCAGCAGUAUCAACCCCAAACAAGGCCCUGGACCGACCACUCCGAGACAUGCGCAACAUACGCUUCUUCCGGGCACUCACAGGAGAUCCGACAGUGCCCAGUUGAAUUCUGAGAAACCUGCUGCACUGGUCCCUGAUUCCAAACAGAAUUCUCGACUAGCUUCGCCUGUAGAAGGGAAACCAUCAUACCCUCCUCAGGCGAGUCAAUCUCAAACUCCUAUGUCAAGAUGGAAGAAAUUAAAAAUCGGUAUUCCCCGUCGACCGUCAUCAGAACUCACUGGGCCGGAUGGGUCACAAAAGGGAACACGCAACAAGUUGAGUGGACUCUUUCGUCGCUCAGGAGGGACCCGGGAUACAGAAAAGGUGCCUGUUAGAUCCCUAGAACCGCCAGUCACUCAGUCUUCUUCCCAGUCACCGCGAAUGUCGGGCUCGCCGAUAACACCUCACCUCGAUACAUCGCCGACAAGUCAUAUCUGGUACUCACCGGACGACAUAUUUAAUCCUUAUCGCCAUAAGGGGACAAGUUCGCUAGGCACCAACAGUUCAUUUCGAGGGACAGCUCCACCUCCAGGAGGCUAUUAUGCACCUUCAUCAACCAGUCCAUCGUUAGUUUCUCGGGAACUUUUCAAAGCUAAAUACCACCAGCAACAGCAAUCUACUGCAAGUACCUCUCCUAUUCCCUCACUGCAUCAGACACAAUCCCCUGUGAUCCCGCCGUCUCCUUUACCUUCCCUUCACGGACGAACAUCGUCCGUCGUCUCGGAUGAAUUUCACACCCCCCGAGCAUCUAUAUCCUCCAGCACCGCUCCUGGCAUUACUGCCACAGCACCAAGUAUUCGAAGUAUGAAAGUCGGUGCCCGUCCCAACUCAGUUCCCGAUACUAUCUUGCGCGGCGAGGCUCGACACAUCAAUGCCUCCGCAGAACCUGUGGAAUUACCCAUCUCUGCUGAUGAUUCGAGCGAGGAAAUCCUCAUGACUAGCACGGCUUAUCCGGGACAGGAGUGGAGGCCUGCUGGGUUUGGGGGGAUAGAGCAGUUUUAG